UCUCUCUCUCUGUUUGUGUCUCUGCUGUUCUGCUGCACGGGUUUGAGGAGCGCUGCAAGUUUGCUGUGGUCUGACGGCAGUAGGAUGGUUAUCGUGGAUGUAUUAUAUUCUUGCUGUAUGAAUGUGAGGCUGUAAUGUGAGAUUUAUCUUAAUAACACACAGGAGGUUUUGCACAGAUCUUUUCUGCACUGCUCUGACUGCCCACGUGAGGACACAAAGUAGGCGCAGUGCUCCACUGGACAUGGAGAUGGUCGACAUUUGGUGGAACAUGAGGCUGGAUGUCUUGUUGGGUCGUUGACUAUCGAAACUGCAGGGCGUUGGAUGCAUACUCAACCCACCUGAACAUCCACUGCCAUCCAGUACUGCGAGUUUGAUCUCCAGGAUGACUGUGGUGGUUGCUGGAGAUAAUAUGGACGAGACAUCCUCCACUCUGCAGGGGCAUCCACAGGACUCGCAGUAUUCCCCUGAGUGCUGCGAGCGAGUUGUUAUCAACAUCUCAGGGCUACGCUUUGAGACCCAACUCAAGACGCUCGCCCAGUUCCCCGACACACUACUGGGUAACCCCAAGAAAAGGAUGCGCUACUUUGACCCUUUAAGGAACGAGUACUUCUUUGACAGAAACCGCCCAAGCUUUGAUGCAAUCCUCUACUACUACCAGUCAGGAGGGAGGUUGAGACGUCCUGUCAAUGUACCUUUGGAUAUGUUCUCAGAGGAAAUUAAGUUCUAUGAGCUUGGAGAAGAAGCUAUGGAAAAAUUUCGAGAGGAUGAGGGCUUUAUUCGUGAAGAAGAGCGCCCCCUGCCCGAGAACGAGUUUCAGAGACAGAUUUGGCUGCUAUUUGAGCAUCCCGAGAGCUCAGGCCCUGCCAGAGGGAUUGCAAUAGUGUCCGUCAUGGUUAUUCUCAUUUCUAUUGUGAUAUUUUGUUUGGAGACUUUACCAGAGCUGAAGGAGGAUCCACAUGGACGGCUCCAGGUAAUAGGCAACAGCACGUUCUACUUCAAACCAAAUAUUCUUACCGAUCCGUUUUUUGUCGUGGAGACACUCUGCAUCAUCUGGUUUUCUUUUGAGUUGAUUGUCCGCUUCUUCGCUUGCCCGAGUAAACCUGCCUUCUUCAAAAACAUGAUGAACACAAUCGAUGUGGUGUCCAUCAUUCCGUAUUUUAUAACGCUUGGGACAGAGAUGGCGGAGGACCCCGAGGGUGGAAAGGAGGCAAAGGGUGGAGGAGAGCAGGCCACAUCUCUGGCCAUUCUCAGGGUUAUCCGCUUGGUCAGGGUGUUUCGGAUAUUUAAGCUGUCCAGACACUCCAAGGGGCUUCAGAUCUUGGGCCAGACAUUAAAAGCCAGCAUGCGAGAGCUGGGUCUUCUUAUCUUUUUUCUUUUCAUUGGCGUCAUCUUGUUUUCCAGUGCAGUGUAUUUCGCUGAGGCAGAGGAAAAGGAUUCUUUCUUUACAAGUAUCCCAGACGCCUUCUGGUGGGCGGUGGUUUCGAUGACAACCGUGGGGUAUGGAGACAUGUACCCCGUUACUAUUGGGGGCAAGAUAGUAGGCUCUCUAUGUGCCAUUGCCGGAGUGCUAACAAUCGCGCUUCCAGUGCCUGUGAUUGUGUCCAACUUUAACUAUUUCUAUCACCGAGAAACUGAAGGUGAUGAACAGGCACAGCUCCUCACGGUGAGCAAUCCAAACAUUGCGUCCGAUUCUAAUUCCAGUCGUCGCAGCUCAUCGGUUGUCAGCAAGUCAGAAUACAUGGAGAUCGAUGACGACCUCAAUAACAGCAUUGAUAACUUUCGUGAAGCGAACCUGCGAACUGGGAACUGCACAGUUGUGAAUCAAAAUUGUGUAAAUAAGGGGAAGCGUCUUACAGAUGUAUAGAUUUGCAAUUGCAUUCUAGGCCUCCCGGCUGUAUAUAGUGUACUCUAUUCAUAUGUCAGAGUUCUAUAACAGGGCGUCUGAUAAAGUGUUAUUUCAUUGCGUAUGUUUCAUCUCAAGUCCACGAGAGUUGCUUCGAUUCUGUUUGAAGAACGGUAGUCUGAAAUCUGCCUAUGGAUACCAAAUACUAAAUAAUUAAAAGACAGAAUAACUAUUAUCUGUGGGUUAGAGUAAUUGCGUAUAUAAAUGAUUUUACAUUUUGCAAUGCACCUUAUCCCAAAAAAUAAUCAGUUAUUCAGUGACUUAAUACGACUUAAUAAGAUCAGCAUGAAGAACUAAUACUUUCUUGUACCAUAUGUUGACCAUUUGUUUAUUUGCUUAUUGUAGGUUAUUGUAAACCAUAUACAAACUGAAUGUUGAUUAAUUAUGCAGAUCAUGGCAUGUUUUAUGAAACGUUGAGGUCUGCUUGAUGGUACUAUGUAUCCUGCUUUAUUUAAUACAUGAAAUCAAUACAUAUAGCCAAGCCGACAGUAUAACUCUACUGAAUUACAACCACUGCCCACUAAAAGCACAACUUUCUUUAACACCUUUAAGUAUUUAAAGCUUAAAGGCAGUACUACAUUUUAAAAGUAUGACUUUAUUUGUUAAGCUUUUUAAAUGUACAUAUUCAAUUACAAUUAAUCACAAGAUCUCUUUAUCUAUAUUAAAUAAUUGUAAUUAUUAUAUAUUUAACUUAAUACAUCACAGUUGCAUAUUUAAUAAUUAUUGUUUAAAUGAAUAAUUUAAUAGUGCCUUCAGUCCUCUAACUGACAUAGAGUGUCUCAACAUGCAAUAGUUACUGUAAAACAUUUGCAUAUCUAAUCACACAUGAUGUGUCGAGGGAUAUUCCAAGACCACUGGGGUUAAAUUUCAGGAAACGGUCCCUCAGCAUCCUUGUACAUACAAGAGAAGUUAAUCUCGCUGGAUCAGGCAUUGCUUUACAAAGAAAUGUGAGACAUGCUGUGUUUUGUUUUUGUUUUUUUGUUUUUUUUUACAUCUUCAUGUAUUCUUUUGUAAUGGCCGUAUUUUUGCUCAUUGGUUUCUUUGGAUCUACCUCAGUGUGGUCAUGCAUAGUAUGCUCAUGAAUGCAAACUUCAUAUCCUGCCCAAUUAUCCAGUCAAAUUAUGGGGAGUGUGGGAGGGGAUUGGGUGGGGGAAUGAGUAUGCAAUGGAGGUGAAACACUUUAUUUCAAAAUAAGAGUGCAUAAAAUUAAGAUCACAAAGUCCAUAAAGUGAUGCUAAGCACAAGCGCUAUUAGUGCUAUAUAAUACGCACAGGUCUGCAUCAGGGACUGCAACUGGUAGAAACUGCCAUUACUUUUAAUAUCCGUAACAAUGUGAGUUGAGAUCUAAAAAGAACACCUUUAAUUUGAGUGUAAAUGUUGUCUAUCAAAACUUAAUGCACUUUAAUGAGAAUUUAUGUAUUUAUAGGUUUCACAACGAGAAUGACUAAAAGAGUGAAAGGCAAAAUAAAGAAUCUAAAAACAUUGUGUUGAUUUGUCCAUGUUAAGGAUGUGUGUAGGACAGCAUUUUAACCAGCAUAGGUGUUUUGCAACCCUUUAAUUCGUUAUUUAGGGCAUUUAUGAUAUUAACUUAAAUAAUAAACAUCACAACUGUGGUGCUUUGCCAGCAAAAUAAAUAGCUGAGAUUAAAGAAAAAUCUUUAAGGAAAUAUAUUUUUUACAAUGUGUUUAUACAGUUCUGUAUAAAAGAAAUACAUGCCAGAGUGAUGUUUAUUUAUUAUGACUAUAGAUGUCUACAGUUUGAGAAACAAUUUUAUAUGAAAUGAAUAGAAUACCAUACAAAACAGUGGACCAAAAAUAGUUGUAAAGAUCAUUUAUGUAUGUUAUAAAAGAUGGAAACAAAAAUUUCACUGCGAAAAAAAAAAAAACUACAAAAAAAAAAAAAAAAAAAAGUCAAUGUAUAAUGUUACAGCAAAUUCUAUAUAUCUGUAAAAUAACCAGACAUCUAAUAACCAGGGUUCCGAAUCAUUAUCAUGUGUAUUUUCAUCUGGGCUUCUAAUGUUGUUAGCAUCAUUUUUUUUCUGUUUUAAAGAUAUAGGAGUUUGAUAUAGAGUGAACUGAAAUGUAUUUCUUUGCAUUUCUGUAUUUUUUUUAAGGGCCUGGUUUUCAUGUUGGGCUUAUCAUAUGAGUGUUAUGCCAUAAAUUAAACUAAAGCACUUUGAUAUUAUGCAUGCAGGCAGCUCUGGGCUUAUGUUGCUCUGACAUGAAUCAUGCAAAUGCUGGGAAAAGCUUUUCUUUCCUUUUUAAAUUAAACAAUCGAAUAAUUUAAUUGUGAUCAAAAUGAUCUAAUACCCUUACUUUAGUUGUUUUUUGGUGGUUGACAUAAUUUUAAUAUGUGUUGACUAUUCAUGGGCUGAUAUGGUGUAUUCUAUGACAUUAUGACCAUUUUAAAUCAUUUUCUUUUUCUUACAGUUUUUAAAGAAUGUUUUUCUAAAUUGAUUUCAACUCUUUAGGAUAAACGAGAAGCUUCAAAGAUUCACAUUGAUAAAUAAAUCUAAUUAAAAUCCUAA